AUGUCGACGGAAGAAUCUGCCUUUACCUUCCUCCCCCUGGGCGCCAUUAUCCAGGAAUUCCGCGUGGCUGGCCACAACAUCGUGCAAGGCUUCCCCACACAGGAGGACUACGUCAAGUACAACUCGCCGUAUUUCGGCGCCACCAUCGGUCGCGUCUGCAAUCGCUUGAAGGAUGCCGUUCUCAAGGACGUGAAUGGCAAGUCUUACACGCUGGCCCAGAACAAUGGGCCCAAUUCGUUGCAUGGAGGGAAGCAAGGAUGGGAUGCGCGAGUGUUCGACGGACCCAAGCCUGUCAACCGCAACGGCAAGGAAGCCGUCCUGUUCAAAUAUCUCAGCAAUGACGGUGAGGAGGGCUAUCCUGGCACUGUGGAGAUCCGGGUCUGGUAUACGACCAGCAAGGAGGACGCCAGCAAGACUGUGCUAGAAGUUGAGUACGAGGUCGAGUUGGUGGGAGACGAGGUCGAAGAGACGGCUGUGAACAUCACAAACCAUAGCUACUUUAACAUUUCCGACGGACCAACCAUUGAAGGGACUCAGGCGCAGCUAUACACCGAUCAGUAUCUGCCCGUCGACAGCACGAAGAUCCCGCAUGGUACGAUUGAAUCCUUCGUCAAGACCAAUGUCACGUCGCCGUUUGUUCUGGGCGUGCCGGAGCCCGAUAUCGACCACUGCUUUGUGGUCGAGACGGACCCGUCCAAGGUGCCGCUGGACACUCGCCCCCUGCCGCUGAAACGGCUGGCCUCGUUCAGCCACCCGGCGACGAAGUUGCACCUCGAGGUCUACAGCACCGAGCCGGCUUUCCAGUUCUACACGGGUAAGUAUAUCAAUGUGCCGGCGAUGGAGGGAGCGCCUGCACGUGGACCCGGCGCCGGGUUCUGCGUCGAGCCCAGUCGCUAUGUCAACGCCCCGAACGAGCCAGCGUGGAGACACAUGACGCUGCUGAAGAAAGGCCAGAUCUGGGGGUCAAAGAUCGUGUACAAG